AUGACCGUAGGGCAUCUUGCGGAGUGGGAUUUGACCAAAACGAGAAGGAAAGAGUGGUUAGGACCUUCAUAUAUCAAAUCUUUGGCCACCGUGGCUGAGAACGAACUCUCGGCCCUUAUGCUGCAAUGGCAAACAGGAUUUCCAAUCUUCAAAGUAAUAAAUUGUUGCAACAGCUUGGCGGAUUACCUUCCAUGUGGGGGUUUGAGUUUCCAGCCGACUUUCAUCCAAUUCCCAAUAUUUCGUGGUCGAACCGCCAUCCGGUUCGUCUUUCCUCGCUUCAUAGCUACUCCUGGAGCGGGUAUCGGUAAUGGCUGCCACAUCGUGAGGAGACAAUGGAAGGCCAACGGGACUAAGGCCCUGCACAGUCAAGCCGGAAUUUGA